GACUCAACCGAAGACGACGACCCCAUCACCGCCAGCUACCAAGUCUUCCUCAACCCCUCCCUCCCGCUCGGCCGCCGCCUCCUCGUCCUCCAGCACCCCAACCGCACCGACAACACCCCGCGCCCGCCGCCCACCGAGCUGCGCCUCAAGGAGCACUCGGGCAUGGUCGAGGUCGACAUCCCCCAGGACAACACCACGGCCUACGACCGCGAAAAGGGCCUCAAAUGGGGCCGCGCGCUGCAAAACUCCAUGGCGAUCAAGAAUGGCGGCAGUCACGGCCUGGCCGGCGGUUUUGGCGUGGGCGCCGUGCAGCAGCGCGCGCCGCGCAAGAAGAGCGAUGUCGAGGAGGACGAUAACCUCGACUGGAACGAUGCCGUGCGACAGGGCAAGGUGCUCAGCACGCAGACGCUGGGCGGCCAGUAUCCCGACGCUGACGAAGUGCAAUACAUGGUCGGCGUGUUCCAAGGCAAGGACCUCCAUCUCACCCCCGUCUCCAACCUCAUCCACCUCCGCCCCCAACUACACCACCUCGACGCCACCACCCAGCAAGACCGCCAAUCCUCCGCCGCCGCCGCAGCUUCCUCCAAAGAAGGCGGCCCCGCCCCAGCAGCCGCCGCCCGCGCCAUCCACAUGACCAUCAAGACCGCCGCCGACGGCACCGCAGACGGCGUGUCAACAGAAACAAUGGCAGACCGCCUGCGCUCAGUACAGACCGAGCCCUGGCGCAAGAUGCGCUACACGGAUGAAAACGAGGAGACGGCCUGGGAGGUGUACAACGACAGUCUGUUUCUCAGACCAAAGGCGGAUCCGACAGCAGCAGCGGGAGAAUCUGUGCCUGCGCCUGAGGAUCAUGAUCUGGAGGAACUGGUCCCAACGCUCGGCAACAAGUGGAACGACACGGAGUUCCUGGAAUCCAUUUCCGGCAUCACGAAACCCGAGCCA